AUGGCUAGACCAAACAUGAUCAAGGCCACGAGAAAGGCUAUCAAGGAUAGUCCGAAAGAAAUCUUCAACUGGUAUCUUCUGGCUUGCACUUGCAUCUGGUCUUUCUCGGGAGUCGCGAAGGGUUUCGACGAAGGAAAUAUCGCGUCCCUCGUCAUCAUGGAAGUCUUUAAAGAGCACUUCGGAAUCGAUAAUCAGACCGACCACGAGUAUGCCAACACCAAAGGAUGGAUCGUGGCAAUCGCCACCGCUGGAGCUGUUUUUGGCUGUUUGGCUUGCGUGUGGCUUACAGAGCGACUUGGUCGAGCACGGACAUUUCAGUUCUUUACUGUUGUUUAUAUGGCUGGUAUCUUUGGUCAAACAUUCAGUAACAAGCUGAGUGUUCUUUACGGAACGCGUGUGAUCUCCGGAAUCGGGAUUGGUGCGACCACUGUUCUUCCUUCAGUCUACAUUGCAGAGAUAUCUCCUCAGCCGAUCCGCGGUCUCUUGACUCUCCAAUACACAUGCUGCCAACAACUCGGCGUUGUCUUUGGAUUCUUCUUCAACUAUGGAGUAACAAAGUAUCACGCAGGAACGAACCUUCAAUGGCAGCUGCCUACUGCUCUUCAACUGAUUCCCGCUUUGAUCUGGGGUGUUGGCACGUUCUUUACCCCUGAGACCCCUCGCUUCCUUUUGAGCCAGAACAAGAAGACUGAAGCACUUGCCAUCCUGUCAAGAUUUCGAGGACUUCCCGAAGAUCAUCCGUAUGUCCAAUCAGAGUUCCAGGGUAUCGAGUCACAGCUCAACCACGAAAUCGAGAUUGUGGCUGGUGCCAACACCUGGGACUUAGUCAAGGAGACUUUUCAAGACGUUAGCAAUCGCCGCCGCUUCACCCUCAUGUUUGCAUGCCAUGUUUUUGGACAGUUUAGUGGCGCAAAUGCAAUCACCCAGUACUCUCCAACGAUCUUUGGAUAUCUCGGAAUCGCUGGUACUGAAUCUCGUUUCCUGGCAACCGGAUGCUACGCGAUUUUGAAGUUUGUCUCGGUCCUCCUCUUCUCCAUUUUUGUCAUCGAUUUCAUUGGCCGACGUCGAUCCCUUAUGACUGGUAUCACAAUUCAGAUUCUGACGUUGGCAUUCGUUGGGGCUUACCUCAAGAUCACUAACGGCUGGACCCCUGAAGAUAUCGAGGCCAACACUUCCGCCAUGGCAGCCAGCCGCGCAGCUAUCGCAGCUAUUUACAUUCAUGCCAUCGGCUGGUCUAUCGGGUGGUUCUCUAUCCCGUAUCUUGUGUCAGCCGAAGUCUUUCCCAUCCGCAUCCGCUCGAUCAAUGUAUCUGUUUUGAUGGCCGUCCACUGGGCUUUCUACUUCGCCUGCUCGCGUGCCAUGCCUUCACUCUUGGCUGCGACUCAGAGGUACGGCGCUUUCAUGUUCUUCAUGAGCAUCGCCUCUUGUUCGCUUAUCUAUGUCUACUUCGCCAUGCCUGAGACAUCUGGACGAUCACUGGAGAGUAUGGAUAAGUUAUUUGAGAGACCUUGGUACACUGUGCAUAAGAUUGCAUAUCCUACAGCAGAUGACCUGAAGCCUGCUGCUCGUGAGAUUCUGGAGCCUGAUAUGAAGGAUCAGGAGUCGGUUGUCUCUAAGCAUGUUGAGAACCGCUACUAA